CGGAAGCUGGUGGCGGCGGGGCGGGCGGCCGGCGCGCGUCCACGGAGCAGCUUGCGGCGCGCCCGAGCCCGGCGGACCCCGGCGGACCACCGGCGCGCGGGAUCGAGUCCGCACCCCGCCCGCAUCAUGGCCAGCCCCAGAACGAGGAAAGUUCUCAAAGAAGUGAGAGUGCAGGAUGAAAACAACGUGUGUUUUGAGUGUGGUGCAUUCAAUCCUCAGUGGGUGAGUGUGACUUACGGCAUCUGGAUCUGCCUGGAGUGCUCGGGGAAGCACCGUGGGCUCGGGGUGCACCUCAGCUUCGUGCGCUCUGUGACCAUGGACAAGUGGAAGGACGUGGAGCUGGAGAAGAUGAAAGCUGGAGGGAACGCGAAAUUCCGGGAGUUCCUGGAGUCUCAGGAGGACUAUGACCCCUGCUGGUCCCUGCAGGACAAGUACAACAGCAAGGCCGCGGCCCUCUUCAGGGACAAGGUAGCCACUCUGGCUGAAGGCAGAGAAUGGUCUCCCGAGUCAUCGCCUGCCCAGAACUGGGCCCCACCCCAACCCAAGACACUGCCGUCUACUGCCCACCGAGCCUCUGGCCACCCACAGAACUCGACCUCCUCCUCAGACAAGGCAUUUGAAGACUGGCUUAAUGAUGACCUGGGCUCCUAUCAGGGGGCCCAGGAGAACCGCUACGUGGGGUUUGGGAACACGGUGCCGCCCCCGAAGAGGGAUGAGGACUUCCUCAGCAGCGCUGUGUCGUCCCUGUGCUCGGGCUGGAGCAGUUUUACCACCGGAGCGAGCAAGUUUGCCUCGGCCGCUAAGGAGGGUGCAACCAAAUUUGGAUCUCAAGCAAGUCAGAAGGCUUCGGAGCUGGGCCACAGUCUGAACGAGAACGUCCUCAAACCUGCCCAGGAGAAGGUGAAAGAGGGAAAGAUUUUUGAUGAUGUGUCCAGUGGGGUGUCUCAGUUGGCGUCCAAGGUCCAGGGGGUUGGCAGUAGGGGUUGGCGGGACGUCACCACGUUCUUUUCUGGGAGAGCAGAGGACCCGUCGGACAGGCCCCUGGAGGGCCAGAGCUACCAGAACAGCGGUGGGGACCACUCCCAGAACCGCGCCGUGGACCAGAGCUUCUGGGAGACCUUCGGGAGUGCCGACCCCAACAAGGGCCACAGGUCCCCGAGCAGCGACAGCUGGACGUGCGCGGACGCCUCAGCCGAGAAGAGGAGCUCGGACAGCUGGGAUGUGUGGGGCUCGGGCUCCGCAUCCAACCAUAAGAACAGCGAUCACAGCGACCUCGGGGAGGCCUGGGGGGGCGGUGGGGAGGGCAGAGCCACGACCGCCAGGGAGGCCGUGCCGCCCGCCGAGCCGCUGGACGACGGCUGGGGCGACCAAGACUGGUCGCCCCACUGAACCCCGGCCGCUGCGUCGGCCCCGCGUCUGCACUUUGCCCCCACACUCCUGUCUGACCCCAGGAGCCGGCCGCAGCGGGAAGACAGCACCUUGGUGGGAGCCGGGGGUGGUGCUGCCGGCUGGCUCGGGCGCCGGCCCCGCAAGGCCACGGUGCGGGACGGUCCGUGGCUCUGCUGUGGUUCUGGGGCAGCCCGUGGGAACCUGAGCGGGGUGACGCGGGGGGCAGAGUGCUCCCGCAGGAGGUGGGCCGCGCCGUCAUUCCCAGAACACCCUCUAAUAAAUCCUCCUGAGUGCCGU